GAGGGGUCGCUGGGUGGUCUCUGUUUCGCUGUUGGGCUUUGUGGCGGGACAUAGGCCUGCCCGGGAUCUGGCAGGUCCGCUCCCAAGACCCCCGUCCCGGUGGCAGGAAGCGUCCGGCUUCGUGACCUUGUGACAAUGAGGUUGCAGCGUCCCAGAGAGAACUCUUCCAAGUGGAGACUCUGGUUUUCUUGGUGAAGGAAUUACUGAGCUUUUCCUCAGGUCAGGAGAAGGUUGAUCGGUGUUUCAGGUUUUGGAGUUGUGCUUGCACAUCGGAAAUGCUCGGUAAAGAAUCGUCACAAACAAAUCGACCUGGAACGGCGGCGCUACAGGGAAGACAUACAAGGAAUUUGCAUAAGACAGCUGUGCAAAAUGGAGCUGGAGGAGCCUUGUUUGUGCACCGAGAUACUCCUGAGAAUAACCCAGAUACUCCAUUUGAUUUCACACCAGAAAACUACAAGAGGAUAGAGGCAAUUGUAAAAAACUAUCCAGAUGGGCAUAAAGCAGCAGCUAUGCUUCCAGUCCUGGAUUUAGCUCAAAGACAGAAUGGAUGGUUGCCCAUCUCUGCUAUGAACAAGGUUGCUGAAGUUUUACAAGUGCCCCCAAUGAGAGUAUAUGAAGUAGCGACUUUUUAUACGAUGUAUAAUCGAAAACCAGUUGGAAAGUAUCACAUUCAGGUCUGCACUACUACACCUUGCAUGCUUCGAGAUUCUGACAGCAUACUGGAGGCCAUUCAGAGAAAGCUCGGAAUAAAAGUUGGGGAGACCACACCUGACAAACUGUUCACUCUUAUAGAGGUGGAAUGUUUAGGGGCUUGUGUAAAUGCACCAAUGGUUCAAAUAAAUGACAACUAUUAUGAAGAUCUGACUCCAAAGGAUAUUGAAGAAAUUAUCGAUGAGCUCAAGGCUGGCAAAAUCCCAAAACCUGGGCCAAGGAGUGGACGCUUCUCUUGUGAGCCAGCUGGCGGUCUUACCUCUUUGACCGAACCACCCAAAGGACCUGGCUUUGGUGUGCAAGCAGGCCUUUAAUUUAUAUUCAACUGUAUAUAUAUAUAUAUAUAUAUAUAUAUCACACAAGAAAUAAAAUACGAAUCUCCUGUCUACUUAAACUUA